AUGGGCAAGAUCAAGCCACUUCAGACGCAUGUCUUGGUACCCCGCCCUGCCCAGCGCUCAAUCAAGGCAGGAAUCGACAGGCUUCAGGCCAAGGUAGCACCCUUCCACGUAGAAUUUUCGGACGAGGAAACAAUAGAGUCAGGGUCUGCUGAUGCCGAAAGGAAUGCCGAUAACUCAAGCUUGCGCAUGCAGGAUUGGGAUUAUGGAGAAAGAUCUGGAAACCUGCCUAAUCAGGCAGAGAUUCGAAUGCUGGUCUCAGGAAAGCACCUGGUGCUAGCUUCAUCCUACUUUGAAAAAAUGUUUUCUGGUCCUUUUACCGAGGGAAAGACCGAUCACUCAGGGCUUCGCCAAGUAACAGCGACCGACUGGGAUCCGGAAGCUUUUAAUAUCGUACUAACGAUCAUGCAUGGUUACCACCGAGAUGUACCAAAGUCACUUGGCCUCGAGAUGCUUGCAAAGCUGGCCAUGAUUAACUUCUUGAACAGCUUGACAUAG